AUGAUCUCGAGCAAUCGUUUCCCUUUCUUUCAGUGUACACUUCCGCUUCUGUUCACGCUGUCCAUCGUCCACCUGGCUCAUGGUGCCCCGCAAGCCGCCCCAGUAUCUUACUGUGUGUACACCUUCCAAGAAUUGAACUCUGGGUUUGUAUAUUUGGCCUCCGAGAUAGGCGCGGCCGAGCAGAACUCCGCAACAUCUGGCAAUAACAGUCCCAGUGCCACAACAUUUUUCGCUGCGGCGUUAGUGGCAUCGAUCGCCCAGCAACUUGCUCCAUCGGAAUCCUCAGCGUCCGUGGCCUAUCAGAUAUCCGGAGCAUCAGCUGCAGCUUUCCCAGUUCCUCCCCCGAAUGCAGUGACAGCAUCGUCCGCAUCUAUAGGUCAGCAAGGAGCGUCUUCGCUUGCUUGGCCUUCGUCUGGGAACGGACUCGUUGCAGCUCCCACUCCGCAAGUAACUCCAAUCUCACAACUCAAUCCCACUUCUGGGGGGGUCGCCGGGAAACGCAUCGGCAGUAGCGCUCCCCACCGCCUUCUCUGCUUCCCCCUCGAGCCUGAGUGGUGGCGCACACUCAGCGGGGGCCUGGAGCCUGAUGGUGUCAGAAUCAUUGGCGCUCCACCAUACACGCCGACCAUAGGAGACGGAGAUUCAUCCCCACCACCGCCUUACGAAGCACCACCGCCCUACUCGCCGUCUCCAAAUGGACCGCCAGCCGACCCGGAAGAUCCCAAUGACCCAGAUGAUGAUGAACCAACCAAUACAGACAUAUUCACGGCCUUCUUCCAUGACAUCCAGUGCCUUACGAAUGUCCAGCGCCGUAUCCUCCGCUUCAUGUACCAACACCAUGUCCGGUGGGUGCUGCUCGAACGCAACCGUUCUCACACUUUCAGGUACCGAACCAACCACACUCUGCAAUCUUGUUAUCGAUACCUGGGUCGACGUAGCCUACGACUUCAUGACUGGCUCUAUCGCCGUACCAGCGUCUGCAAGCCCAACAUCGAUGCCAGCAGCCCCAAUUACAGUGCCAAACGCUGGCGCGGUGCCAGCGGGUUAGAUCAUCGAUCCCUGCACGAACAGCAAGUACACGUACAAUUCGAUUUCGCUCAAAAUAUGCAGAACGACAACAGCAAUUACACAAUCACCAUGACGGGGAUCGAUACGCUUGUGUACAAAGGGAUGAAGUAUCUGGGAUUGAACGAUGGGUACUACGAGGCGCCCAAUAUAGUUACUGGGACAUUAGUUCCGUCAGAUGGAGAUGAGAACAUCUUUUGUCAACCUGUCCUCGGAGCGGUGGCGAAGAGUUGUUCGGGGUCCAACAGUCUCGACGAGGAUGACUGGACGCCUAUUAGUUACUGUCUUCGGUAG